UGAUACUGGAUGCUGAUAACUGCAGUAGCGUUAGCUUGUGCAAACGGUAAAGUGUGCCAACCGAGCCACGCCUCUGUUUUAGGAAAGAAUCGUAAUCACUUGCGCUUCACUGUCAUAAAGUCAUACUGUAUAUGGCCUCCGCAGUGUGCAACAUCUGAAGCUAAUAUUCAACUUUUCCAGCACUUUACAGUAACUUAGCGCAACAUCCGUGUUCGUCAGCUAGCUAACAGUUACGUUAACUGCGAGUUCAUCAGGGCACAUUUACAGUCAGUUCACGGAACAAAUCAGAGAUUGGACAGUAAGCUGCAAAAGGAGCUAUCGGCGAUGUGAAAAGAUCACAGAGAGCUACAUUUUUUGGCUUCAUUUCCUCAAACUGGAUUUUGAGUAUUCAGCGAUGGAGUUUAACCGAUAAGUUUUUGCUACUUCACAGUGAUCAUUUCAUCGGUCGACUGUCCAGAUCAGCAGCAUGUUUCAUUGCCAUGGGAUGACUGCUCACUUAGUCUGUGGCUGUCAGUAUUUCUGCUGAAAUGUCCCACACAAAGGAAAUAUCUUAAACUAUAACUACUUUUGCUACUUCCACUGUUUCACAUUAGUAAAGUCAAACAGCAAUGGGCGUCUGUUCGCCUGUGUGCAAGAUUUUGCGCAGAGGGAAAUAUUUUGUACUGCUGUUUCUCUCGCUCUCGCUGCUGGUAUGGAUUGCAACUUUUUCAGGCGAAACAGGGAAAUCAAUUCAGCCUUCAUCCCCAACAACACAAACUCUUGUCAAUGGAGACAGUGUAAGGGAUAAACUCAACUCGUGGACAUCCGCACCUGAUCGCUUAAAUACUCCACCACCAAAAGGCAAAUGCCCUCAGGAGUCACCAUUGCUUCAGGGAGCUGCGAAGCUGUCCUUUGAGUCCUCUCUGAAACUGAAGGAUGUAGAGAGUGAAAAUAAAGAAGUGGCUAAAGGGAAGUACGAGCCCCCAGACUGUACAGCCAGGCAGAGCGUAGCGAUCCUCAUCCCUCAUCGCAACCGAGAGAGACACCUCCUCUACCUCCUGCAUCAUCUGCAUCCCUUUCUGCAGAGGCAACAACUACAUUAUGCCAUCUAUGUCAUCCAGCAGGCUGGUGAAGCAACCUUUAAUCGUGCCAAGUUACUGAAUGUUGGGUAUUUGGAGGCACUGAAGGACUACAGUUGGGAGUGCUUCAUCUUCCAUGAUGUGGACCUGGUUCCUGAAAAUGAUCACAAUUUAUACGUCUGUGACAAGCAGCCCAAACACUUGGUGGUGGGCCGGAAUGCCACAGGAUACAAGCUGCAUUACAAAGGCUACUUUGGAGGAGUCACAGCCAUGACCAAAGAGCAGUUUCAUCAAGUGAAUGGAUUCUCAAACACUUACUGGGGCUGGGGAGGAGAAGACGAUGACCUUCGCAUCAGGGUCGAGCUGCAGAAAAUGAAGAUUGUGCGGCCGCCUGCUAACAUAGCUCGCUAUACCAUGGUGUUUCACAAACGGGACAGCGGCAAUGAAAUAAACAAGGACAGGAUGAGAUUAUUAGGACGGACACCACAGGUAUGGAGAAAAGAUGGACUCAGCAGCUGCUCAUAUAAGACUUUGUCAGUGGAGAGGCUCCCUCUUUAUGUGAAUGUCACUGUGGACAUCGGUAAGCCACAGAGUUGAGAUUUCAAACACAAAGCCCUGCUGUGACCAAAAAAAUAUGUUGUGGUGUAUAUUACAUAGUAUGCCAGGCCUCUGAGUGCAGAAAUGCAGAAAUGUACAACAGAGCAUGUUGAGCACACAAAAUGCACAUUGUUUUUGAUGAGUUUACAUAUUAAAAUUACGUUCAGCUGGCAGCCACACUAGCUGGUACAUUUUUGCACAUUUUUUGCAUAUCACAAUGCCUUCAUUUCUUCAUGUCAUUACCAGACUUUGUUCAUAAUGUGCCGGAGCAGCCUGUAGUAAAUAAAUAAAUAAAUCAUAUUAUGAUUUUUAUAUUAGUUUCCUUCCAAGCAAUGAUUGGCUGAGAUCAAGUACACAGGUUGGCCAUAAAUAUUCCUGGUAAUAUUUGAAAUACAUUGCUAAAACAUUCAACUUUCAGACUGCAAUUAAUUUGUGCAUAUGCCUUAUUAUUUGCCUGCAUGAUAUUACAUCAUAAAAUAUGGUGAAAUUUUGUGUAUAAAAGCAUGUAACACAUGCACAGUGUGUAUUUUGCGUGCUUCAUAGUGUGGGUAUAUUGAGGUUCUGCAGACCUACACAGAACACAAGUGUAGAUCUGCAGAGCCUAAAGGAGUAAGUUAAUGUUUAGGUUUGAUUCAAGGCUGCUUGGACUCUUCGAGGAAAUGGUAUGUGUGAUUAGUAGCUUAUUAGACUUCUUGAAACUGAAAUGUUCAUGACAAAUUGUAGACAAUGUGUAAUCUGAUGUAAAGUGAACACUGGAUCAGUUCACAAGAAUAAUGUGCAUUAAAGCUGUAUUCAUUGAUUUUUGACUUUUAGGUGGCAGAAACAAUUAACAGCAACAGAGCAAUAGCUUAUUACAGUUCCUAUAAAAAGAAAGUAAUCACUGCCCUUAGACUUGAUAUGAUAUAAUUAGGCUUUUUUUUUUAAAUCAACAAAAAUAAUUUGUAAAUUCUAAAUAAACCUAAUUAUGAAUUUAUCUAAAUUAGGUCUAAAUGAUCUUCAUCAUCCAAAUCUAAAAUUUCUUGGUGUUUGUUCAUAGAAGGAAAAGUGAACAUAUCGGUAAAAUCUGAGAAAUCUUCACAAUGCUAGAUAAGCAAGGUCUUUCUCAUCUCAUUGUAAUAUUACUGCUCUGUGUCUUAAAGUGAGUGAUUUAAAAAUAUAAACAUAACUAGUUUGGGUUUAGUGUGACAAUAUAGUUUUGGAUCAGUCCGUCAGGAGACAACAGAUGAACCUUGAGAUGAAAAACUCAAAAAGCAAUAUUAAUAUGGGUGAAUGGGUGAUAUCAAAUGAUAUUAAAUUGAAAUAUGCUAUUUUAAAAACUAUUGAUAUUGGUCAGCUACAUGUUUUACUUAUCACAGCAGGAAAUACAUAGGACACCUGAAACUGUCUCACAUGAAAUGCAUCCUUGUUAAAGUUAUUUAUUACACAUGCGUUUCCUGUUAUGAUAUGUCAAACGCUUUGCUGUUAGAAGGUUAAAUGAUUUCCGCUCUUAGGUUCUGGUCUGCUCUUAAACCUCUGACUGCUGUUUUUAGCAUUGCUAACUAAAAAGACUUGGACUACCUUGGUCCAACUGGCUUUAUCUACAGAUCUUUGGAUGAACAAUGAUUUGUCUUGAAAAGUAGUUUUGUGAGCCAUAAUGAUAAGAUGAUUUCUUAUACUGCAUGUUUUUUUUUGUUUGUUUUUUUUAAUAGUAGGCCUUACAUGCUUGAUUUUUAAGCAGAAAGUAAUGGGGGGUGGGUUAUUAUUUAUUAGUUUAACAUUUUUUAAGAUUAUAAUUGUAGCCUUUUGAGACCAUCAGUAUAUAUUUUUCUUAUUAUCGUCGUAUGGGAAGAAGUUUCAGCUGAGAAAAAUCUGCAUACUUAAGCUCUGAUCACUGCAUGCUGCUUAGAAAUGUGUGUGUCUGACAGACUCAUAUCAAAUUUGUGAAACAGUUAUAUAUUUUUCAGGUAGUCUAGCUGCAGAUAUGUGACACCUACAGUUUGUUUUGUCUUUAUUUAACUGGCCAGUGAGUCUUUCAAGACAGAGCAAUACGACUAACUAUAAUGGCAAGCACGGUUACAGUUUCCUGGAGCCACUCAUUAUAUUUUCAUAUUCAUAACUUUUGGACUCAAGCUUCAUAAUAACUACAGUUUGCUCGAAAUUACAACAGUCUCUCUUUGUGUGUGUGUAAAUUGUUGCUCGGUUGAUGAACUGAGCUCCUCUUCAUAAAUCUGCAGCAUGCUGUAGCCAUUUUGAAGCUCCUAGCAUUGUUUUACAUCUACAUUUGAAAUACCAGAAGACAAGUUCUCUGUGUUGUUUGUGGCCUGACUGCCUGAUAAUUUCAUGGUCUCAUUUCUCCACUCCUGAAUGAAUGUUUUGUUUUCUACUUGUUGGGUUUAAAACUUUCAUAUAUGAAAAUAUGUGUGCACAGGUUGAACAACCGAUUAUUUUGUAAAACGAUUCCAACCAAGAAAACUUGUGGUAGUGUGGAAACAUCAAACAUGAAUUUAUGAUUUAUAUGACGGAUUCAUUUCCAGUGUCUGUAUGUUGAUUUUGGAUGAUGUGUCAUGCGUUGUUUGUGACGAAGGGAGAACGUUAAUCAUUACAGAGAAGGAGAUUAUGCAUUUCACUUCUAAUAGGAUUAUUUUCUCUUUCACGUUUAAUAAAUAGUAUUUUUUCUUAUGAA